AUGUCUGCUGCUGCUGCUGUGGUUGUGGUUGUUGUUGCGGAGCGGCUGCUCCACCCUGCAAGCCCACUAUACUCACGCAUCCAAACAUACCCCUACGCCGAUGGUCUCACAUUCCGCUUCGUCAACUGCGGCAUCCUCGCCUAUCUGAAGAUACCAAACGAAGACAAGUACGACCAGGUUGAAGAUGUCGGGAUCCAUGUCCUUACGAACGCGCGCGACGAGCACGUGAAGCACAACCGCGCGGCGCAAGAUGAGGUCCUGCGGCGGCUGCGCGAGAUUGUGACGCCUGCGGGUGGGAAUGCAAGGUUGGAGGAGUUGGUGAAGAAGGGGGUUCUGGAUGUGACGGCUAAAAGUCACGGAGCGAGGAAGAAUAGUAAAAAGGGUGCUACGAAAGAGGAGGCGUAG